AAGCGGCCGCAAUUCCUACGGGUGUGACGUACGGCCUCCGGCGUGCUUAGCGUGACCUGCGGGCUGCGGCCUCCAGCACGUUACUCAGCGUGCUAGCGCCGCCCGCCGCCCUCCGGCGGCCUGCGUGCGCCGCCGCUCCCGACCGUCGCCUCCCUGACGACGCCCGCGCCCAUCGGACUGGGACCCCUCCCCGCCGCGCCAUUCGAGCUCCGACCCUUGUGCACCGCCACCGCCGCUGCCCGCGGCCGCUGGUAGCCUCCCCGACGCGGCCUAGCGUGCCUCCCUGUCACUAGUCCGAUCGGCCGCGAGCGUCCGACAGUGACGCAUUCUUCCCCACCGAGCGCGUACGCCCGCGACGCCGGCCCCGGCGCUGACUGUUGCAGGAGUUCUUCACCACCUCGCCCACCAAGUGCUCGACAGAUUGCCUCAGCCAGAUUAACUUCUGACAGCAGCAGGGCUCAUGAAGUCGAUCCCCUUAUUCCUCGGAACCACAUGCCUCUCAAGGACUUCGUCACGCCGCCGCAUUUCUUCUCGGACAUCGAAAGAUUCCAAGCUCUUGCCAAUCUUCUCAAUGGCGAAGAUGGCAGCGGCGAUAGUACUGGACAUCGCGGAGCUCUCCUUGUCCGACCUAGUCCUUCUCCAAUCUCCUAAAAUGCCAGCUGAGGACCACCGCCGUCGCCUCAUCCUGGACACCGUCGCUACCGAGCUCGGCCGAGGUGGAUCCGGGUUGCUGGCCAUCACUGAGGUGCCACAUGUGGGCGCCCUCCGACGGCGGCUCCUCCCCUUGUCCCGCCGCCUUGCCCUCAUGGACCAUCCUACUCGCUCCCAAAUCCUCAAGAAGCAUGGUUUGGGCAGCGACGUGCCUUUGAAGAAGCUCGAUCGGUCUGUGUCCUCAUUUGCGAAGCUUCUAAGGCAUUCAGGUAAACUCACCUUGCUAGAGCUGGUGACCAACACUGAAAACAUCAGCAAUAGAAUUGUUUGUUUGGAGAAGAUACAUGAUUUUGAGGGAUCUGAGGAAUCUAACUGUGACGAUGAUAUGGAGAAUAUUGGUGAGCUCGUUACAGAACUGGGCUUGUACAUGAUGGAGCUUGGGAUUUUGAUUGCACGAGCUUGUGACAUUGUUAUCGGUGGAGGUCAGUUAGAAAAGAGCAUCACCAACUUCGGUACUGCAAAGGCAAGGCUCAUUCACUACCACUCUGAGUUGGAUAACAUUAUUAUCAGGGAGAAGGAGAGCAGUACAAGAAAAUGCUCGUUAAAGAAAGUGGCAGUAAAACCUUAUCAACUGGGUUCUCAAAGGAGGUCCAGAUCAUUGUGCCCCUGCUGCAUCAAGUCAGAAGAUAUGACUCCUGUAAUGGCAAUAAAAGAUAAUAAUUCUAGAGAUACAUCGGUUCAUGGUCAGGCUGCUGAAAUUUCCCUGUUGAAUCUAUGGCAAGAGUGGCACUACGACUUUGGAAUCCUUACUGUUUUAACAGCACCAUUAUUCCUGAGUGCUUCUGAGGGAGAAGAAUGUUUAAUCGGCCAGGAAUACCAUCAUCCUAAUGGGCACACACACUUGCAAUUAUGCAAUGGGAGGAAGAUAUUCUCUGUUAAAUGCUCUCCUGAGAGCUUCAUUGUUCAGGUAGGAGAGGCAGCAGACAUCUUGUCUAGUGGGAAACUGAAAUCUACACUUCAUUCUGUGAGUAGACCUACAAGUUUUACAGACAUCAGCCGUGAGACUUUUGCAGUCUUCCUUCAGCCCUCAUGGGAUAAAACUUUAAGUUAUCCUGAUUACUGUUUGGACACUGAAGAGCAGUCUAGUCAUAACAAUGAGACUUCAAUCAUCAGUAAUGGAUCAGCGGGUUCGUGUGCUGAAGAUGUGCACAUGCAAAAUAUUAUGGAAAAAAUCCCCCCUCUAUCAUCAAGGCUAAAAGAAGGGAUGACAUUUGCUGAAUUUUCUCAGCAAACAACAAAACAGUAUUAUGGUGGCGGUGGCAUCCAACAGAACAAUUGAACACUAACAAUACAAUGGUGAGAUCCAUGUAGCAGAAAAUGAAUUGAUAUGUUGAGUUGCAUGCCGACACUGUUGGAAAUGCACUAAGUGGAAGCAUCCGGGUAAACAAUGUGUAUAGUUCAUCCUCCUUAAUAGUUUCGCUUUGCAAUUGUUCACGUCAAAAUUGGUGUUUUUCCUCUAACACAAGGACGCGCAGCUCCCCUAGUGUCUUUUGAAGAAUUACUAAGUUCAUCGUCCUCACAAAUAUCAUUGCCUUGUAACUCAUGGACGAUGCCCUUAUCAUCACUCAAGGAGUUAGAAUUCUCCUUUUCACCAAUAUUUUCAUCGUUACAUGAACGGAUCAAUGUUAGUCAAUUUUGUAACUUCUUAUAAUCAUGACCAAUUGAUUUCAAUUGGCCAUUCUUUUGUGCAUGACCAAAUUUCAAUUGUCCGGAGUUAAUGGCCGAUUGUAUAAUUUGAUGAAACAUAUUGCAAUUAUGAGUAUUGUGAUCAAA